AUGCACUCAGAGGAGUGUUACUUUGUGGAGCAAAACACGCCAACGAAGACGACGAUGACCUUAAAUAACAAACAGAAUGGCCAUAAAGAAAAUGCAUGCACCGCGUACCCCUUUAAGGUGAAGCGCGAGAUGUAUCGCGAGCAGAGACAGCGUCUUGCAGCCGCGUUGCGUUCAAGCAAAGAUGCGACGCAUGCAGCAUUUCUUCAGGGUGGGUCGGAGGUUCCGGUGAACUCGUCGGAUAUCAACUACCUCUUUUGGCAGGAGAGUUACUUUGCGUACCUGUUUGGCUGCGAUAUUCCUGACAGUUUUGGUGCUGUUCUCGCCGAUGGCAAGGGCCUUCUUUUCAUCCCUCGCUACCCCAUUUCCUACGCCGUCUGGAUGGGUGAGUUGCCCACUCCAGAGACCGUGAAGCUUGCCACAGGAUUGGAAGAAGUGUAUUACGCCGACGAGAUUGAAGCUGCGCUCACCUCAAAAGGUGUACAAACCGUUGAAGUCUUGGAUGGUGUAAACUCGGACAGUGGUCUUCACGUUCUCACGGCAAAGCUGCCAGAAGGGUCCAAGGUGAAGAUCUCUAACAAAUGGCUAUUUGGCGUACUUACCCAACAGCGUUGCCACAAGACAGACCUCGAGGCGGAGCUUUUGCAGUAUGUGUGCAGAGUCUCUAGCGAGGCACAUAUUCAUGUAAUGCAACACUGCAAACCUGGUAUGUCGCAACAUCACCUUGAAUCCACCUUUUUGCACUAUGUAUAUUACCACGGUGGCUGUCGCAAAGUGGCAUACACCUGCAUCUGUGGCACCGGUCACCAUGGGGCUGUUCUGCACUAUCCGAACAAUGAUGCCCCCAUUGAGGACGGGUCAAUGGCACUUCUUGAUAUGGGUGGCCAUUACAUGGGCUAUGCAAGCGAUAUUACAUGCUCCUUUCCCGUUAAUGGUAAGUUUACUGAAGAUCAACGAAUAAUCUACAAUGCUGUGCUGGACGCCCAUGACUCCGUAAUGAGGCAGUUGAAACCAGGCGUGAACUGGGUCGACAUGCACAAACUGGCUCUGCGUGUGAUGUGCGAACACCUUGUGCGGGCCGGUAUUCUUUUGGGGGAUUUGGAUACCAUUAUGAGAAAACGUGUUAUGGGUCUUUUUCAACCGGGUGAGAUUGCACUUGUUGCGAAGGUGUGCAAGCAAAGGCUUUUUUUUGG